AUGAAAUGGGGGGUGCAGUUCCAGCCCCGAGAGCCCCCCGAGGAGGUUUGGGCCGAGCUCAUCGACGCCGCCACCCCCUGGCCGUUGAAGCCGGAUCCGUUCCAGCUGCGCGCGGCUGUGCCUGGAGCGCCGUCACUGCUGCUGGUGGCCGCUCACGCUCACACCUCGGCCGGCAAAACCGCGCUGGCCGAGUACGCCAUGGGGCUGGCCCGGCGCCACAUGACACGGUCCACCUACACCUCCCCCAUCAAGGCUUUGUCCAAGCAGAAGUUUGGGGAUUUCCGCGACACCUUCGGGGACGUGGGGCUGCUGACGGGGGACGUGCGGCUGCGCCCCGAGGCCGCGUGGCUGGUGAUGAGCACCGAGAUCCUCAGCUGGGGACCCCAUUUCCUCCCCCCCAGGUCGAUGCUGUCCAACGGCUGCGACGCCAUCCGGGACCUGGAGUGGGUGAUCUUCGACGAGGUUCACUGCGUCAACGACGAUGAGAGGGGUGUGGUGUGGGAGGAGGUGCUGAUCCUGCUGCCCGAGCACGUGAAGCUGGUGCUGCUCAGCGCCACCGUCCCCAACGCCCUCGAGUUCGCCCAGUGGGUCGGUCGCACCAAGCGUCGCUGUGUCCGUGUUCUGAGCACCCCGCGCCGCCCGGUGCCGCUGGAGCAUUUCCUGUUCACCGGGAACAGCGCCCGGAACCGGCACCAGCUGUUCCAGCUGCUGGGCCCAGGGGGGGCCUUCAGCACCCAGGGGUACUACGCGGCGGUGGAGGCCAAGAAGGAGCAGAGCAGCAAACACGCGCAGAGCUUCGGGGCACGGCAGCCCACCAUGGGAGCCCCCAACCCUGGGCAGGAGCGUGGGGUCUGGCUGUCCCUCCUGCAGACCCUCCGUGAGCGGGAGCUGCUCCCGGCCGUCACCUUCACCUUCUCCCGUGGCCGCUGCGAGGAGCAGGCGGCCGCCCUGGGCUCCCUGGAGCUGCUGAGCGGCGCCGAGCGCGCCCAGGUCCGGCACUUCCUGACGCGCUGCCUGGCCCGGCUGCGCGGCUCCGACCGGCGCCUGCCACAGGUGCUGCAGCUGUCGGAGCUGCUGCAGCGCGGCAUCGGCGUCCACCACGGCGGGGUCCUGCCGCUGCUCAAGGAGGUGGUGGAGAUGCUCUUCAGCCAGGGGCUGGUGAAGGUGCUGUUUGCCACCGAGACCUUCGCCAUGGGGGUGAACAUGCUGGCGAGGACCGUCGUCUUCGAUUCCAUCCGCAAACACGACGGGAAUGGCUUCCGGGAUCUCCUGCCCGGCGAGUACACGCAGAUGUCGGGGCGCGCCGGCCGCCGCGGGCUGGACGCCACCGGCACCGUCAUCAUCCUCUGCAAGGGAGCCGUGCCCGAGCUGUCGGAUCUGCACCGCAUGAUGCUGGGCCGUCCGUCCCCGCUGCAGUCGCGGUUCCGCCUGACGUACCCCAUGAUUCUGCUGCUGCUCCGCGCCCCCGCCCUGCGCCCCCACGACCUCAUGCGCCGCAGCUUCGCCGAGUUCCCGCUGCGCCGCGACGCCACGGCCCAGACUCGCCGCGUGGCCGCCCUGCAGGAGGCUCUGGCUGCUCUGGGUGACCCCGAGGGGACAGAUGGGGACAGUGGGGACAUGGCAGACCUGCCGCAGUAUCACCGCGCCGUGCAGGGGCUGCGCCGCGCCCGCGCCGUGCUGCAGGUGGGGCUG